AUGACGGGGCAGAUAAGUAUACAGAACAACUACCCCUCUGGCCACAGACUGUCAGUGAAAACCACCACAGAAGAUGAGGUGGAACAAAUGGAAAACAGCAUCAGCAGAGCCCAAUCCAUAUGUGACGACACCUGCUCAGAGCUGCAACGGGUAGCCGCAUUAGAAAACCCUGACUUAACAUCCCAUAAUUCCUUCCGAGGGAGGGGAGCCCUGUCCAGGCUGGUACGACUGGUGGUGAUUCUGCGGGAAUGGGCCCACAAGAGUCUACAGGAGGAAGAACAAAGACCCGAUUCCUUUCUGGAACGUUUUCGAGGUCCAGAACUGAGAACAGUGUCCAGUCAAGUCAACAACGCUCAGGAGAAACUGAAUGAAGAGGAAAAAACAACUAAAAAGAAGAAACGUGAGUGGCUGGUAAUAGACCCUGCUGGAGAUUUAUAUUACCGCUGGCUGGUUGUUAUUACCAUUCCAGUACUGUAUAACUGGUGCUUAUUGGUGGCACGAACAUGUUUUGAUGAUCUCCAAAUGAACUGGUUCAUCAUGUGGUUGGUACUAGACUACAUCUCUGACAUAAUCUAUAUCAGCGAUACCAUUGUUCGAUUAAGGACUGGUUUCUUAGAGCAAGGACUUCUGGUGAAAGACACAAAAAGACUACGAGACAACUACAUCUCAACUUUGCAGUUCAAGUUGGAUAUCCUUUCUAUCCUACCAACGGAUUUAGCAUACAUUGCAAUUGGUAUUCAUGGCACUGAGGUUCGCUUUAACAGGUUGCUGCAUUUUCCUAGAAUGUUUGAAUUCUUUGACCGAACUGAAACAAGAACCAGCUAUCCAAAUAUCUUUAGGAUUUUUAACUUGGUAUUAUAUAUUCUUAUUAUUAUUCACUGGAAUGGAUGCAUCUACUAUGCCAUCUCAAAGUCCAUCGGUUUUGGGACUGAUGACUGGGUUUACCCAAAUACUACAGACCCUGAGUUUGGCUAUUUGAGCAGAGAGUAUACUUAUUGCCUGUACUGGUCCACUCUGACACUGACCACAAUUGGUGAUGUGCCAAAACCUAUACUGGACGUGGAAUAUGUUUUUGUUAUCUUUGACUUUCUAGUUGGUGUCCUAAUCUUUGCCACCAUAGUGGGUAAUGUAGGAUCUAUGAUCUCUAACAUGAAUGCCUCCAGAGCAGAAUUUCAGUCUAAAAUAGACUCAAUCAAGCACUACAUGCAGUUCCGGAAGGUCAGUAAAGAGAUGGAGGCCAAGGUCAUCAUGUGGUUUGAUUACCUUUGGACUAACAAGAAAACAGUGGAUGAAAGGGAGGUUCUGAAAAAUCUCCCUGACAAACUGAGGGCUGAAAUUGCUAUUAAUGUUCACUUUGAGACUCUCAAGAAAGUCAGAAUAUUUAAAGACUGUGAAACAGGACUUCUGAUAGAAUUAAUUCUCAAACUUAGACCCCAGGUGUUCAGUCCUGGUGACUAUGUUUGUCGCAAAGGCGAUAUUGGCAAAGAGAUGUACAUCAUAAAGGAAGGGAAAUUAGGUGUUGUUGCUGAUGAUGGAAUUACACAAUAUGCUCUUCUGACAGCUGGAAGUUGCUUUGGAGAGAUAAGCAUUCUUAACAUUAUAGGAAGCAAAAUGGGGAACCGUCGUACAGCCAAUAUUCGAAGCAUUGGUUACUCUGACUUGUUCUGCCUGUCCAAAGAAGAUCUGAUGGAGUCCCUUGUAGAGUAUCCAGAUGCCAAGAAAGUUCUUGAAGAGCGAGGUAAGGAAAUUUUGAUGAAGGAAGGCUUGCUGGAUGAGUCCUCAGGUGAUGUUGAUGUAGGAGGCAAAGAUGUGGAGGAAAAAGUGGAGAAACUGGAGGCAAACCUGGAUACCCUUCAGACCCGCUUUGCCCGUCUGUUGAUGGACUUCAACUCCACACAGCAAAAGUUAAAAAAAAGGAUCACCCAGUUAGAGAAGAAGGUGAAAGCAGUAUCUUAUGGUUAUCUGUCUGAUGAGAUAGAUAGUACAACAGAUAUAGAAGGCGCAGAGUGAUAAUGACAAGUAGUGAUCUAUAUCCAUUUAUAUUCAUUUAAGAAAUACAGGGUCCAGCUGCUCAAGGGAUACAAGCAUUUACAGAGUAAAUAUAUAAUCAC